UUGCGCCUGCGCGGACGGGUCAUUUCGCUGGCUGCUCCUAGGCUCCCGGCGCGCCGCCAUCUUGUAUGGUGCUUCAUUGUUCGCGUUGGGCCGGGCGGUUUAGUGUAAUUGCCGCGGAAGAGGGAGGCGGAGAAACCUCCGGUCAGCCGAGGGACCCCGGUAUUCCGCAGCCAUAGCUGCUCAAACGAUUCGGGAGGUAGUGAAGGGCAGGGAGCUGGACCCGGAGGCGCCACCGCGACAGCAGCAGCCAUGGAGGACGAAAUGCCCAAGACUCUAUACGUCGGUAACCUUUCAAGAGAUGUGACAGAAGCUCUGAUUCUUCAGCUUUUUAGCCAGAUUGGGCCAUGUAAAAACUGCAAAAUGAUUAUGGAUGUAAGGACAGCUGGAAAUGAUCCGUAUUGUUUUGUGGAGUUUCAUGAGCAUCGUCACGCAGCUGCAGCACUAGCUGCUAUGAAUGGACGGAAGAUAAUGGGUAAGGAAGUCAAAGUGAAUUGGGCUACAACCCCCAGCAGUCAAAAGAAAGAUACAAGCAGUAGUACCGUUGUCAGCACACAGCGUUCACAAGUCUUAGUUCACUUGCACAUGGAUUCACAUAAACUGAAUGGUGUAAUGUCUGGGCAACCAAAACUGUUGGCUUUUGAGAAAACUGUCAAAUACUUUAACAUCAAACUGUUGCAAUGCAAGAUCAUUUCCAUGUCUUUGUUGGUGAUCUCAGCCCAGAAAUUACAACUGAAGAUAUAAAAGCUGCUUUUGCACCAUUUGGAAGAAUAUCGUAAGUAACAGAAGAUAAAUAAAUGCUUCUUAUUAGAAAUAAUCAUAUGGAGAAGUCAUUUGAAAACAAUUCUAUUGAGAAUUUUGUACAUAAAUUUUAACACUUGAAUGUCAUGUUAUUAUAUUGUAUAGAGCUUAUUCAAGAAGUUACCAGCAUAGAUUGUUUUCCCAUAGUCGCUUAUAUAUUUGGUCUUCAAUUAUCUUAACAAUUACUUUUCCAUUAACGUUAACUUUUAAGAGAAAAAUCUAUCAUAGUACAUAUUAUAGUUUCUUAUAUAGGUGCUUUGUUUGCUUGGUGAUAAUCUCUAGUAAGCUUGUACUGUCUAUGGCUUAAAGAGUUUAAAUCCAUUGGCACUUCUGCGAUACCAUGCAUUUUGGUGUAUUUUAACAAAAAGCCUUAUUAAUCCAUUCUAAAAAGGCAGUUAUUAAAUAUUAUUUCCUACAUACUUACUCUCUUUUUACUUUGUGGACAGUAUUGUGUUAUGGUAUUUUGUGAAGCUCUGUCUUGUUUGCAUUUGUUAUUAAUCAUACAUUUUAGGCCCCUUUUUGGGCCUAAAUAUCUCACUGAAGGUAGCAUUCAUCAUAGAACUUUAAUAUUUUGAAAAGCAUGCAAGAUUAGAGUAAUAGCAAGUUGUUUAUAGUAUUUUUGUAGGAGUAAUUGUUGAAUUUAGAAAAUAAUUUUUAGGGUUUCUGGUUACUUUAUUAUUAUUCUAGCUAGAGGUAUAGUAAAGAAAGAAAUGUGAGCUGUGGUUUGUUUUGAACAGACCAACAGCAGAAAUGAGGUGAGGGGACAGCAAAGUAAAUGCCGGUAGUAUUGGUGAGGCAUUUGGAGAAUUUUCAUAAGAAGAGUUGUAAUCCAUUGGUAAAGGAAUAACAAUGCAUAGUGGCCAACUUCAAAGGCAUUCAUAAGAUUACAGUUUUUAAAAGGACUUAGUAUUAACAGUUUUCUUUGUAAGAACUGUUUAGGAAAAUAACUGAAGUUUUCAUUUCUUGAUUGUUCCUCUAAAUCUGUUUUAGGGUUUUGAUUAUGUGAGCUUGCUUUCAAGUAUCUAGGUUUGGAGGGUCUUAACCUUUGGCCUGUAAAGAACUCUAUAAAUUUCUAUAUGUGAUAUUUUGGGAGUUUGGGGGAGGUUUUUUGGAGAGUUUUUUUGUUUUUGUUUUUGUUUGUUUGUUUGUUUU